AAAAUAAAGCUGGUCAUUGAAACUUCAGCAUCAAGUUAACUAUUUUUUAUUUACUUCAUUUGCGGAUUCUAUUGGUUCAACUUCUCUUUUAUAUGCUGUCUGACUGCAAUAUCUCUCCUUGCUUCUCUAUUUCCAUGGCGAUUGGGCUCAUCAACUUGCUUCAAUCAUCGCUUCUGAUUCCAUUUCUUUUCACUCUCCCCUUUGUCAAUUCACUAAAUUUCCAAAUAUCUCGCUUUGAUUCAAAUGCAAACAACAUUCUCUAUCAAGGUGAUGCAAAACCUUCCGUUGGAGCCAUUGAGUUUAACCUUAUCAAUUAUAUAAACCGAGUUGGAUGGGCAACAUAUGCCGAGAAGGUGCCAAUUUGGGACUCAAGAACAGGAAGGCUCACCGACUUCAGUACGCGCUUCUCCUUUGACAUUUCUAUUCAAAGUUCAGAUUAUGGUCAUGGACUUGUCUUCUUUCUCGCUCCUGUUGGCUCUCAAAUCCCACCAAAUUCAGCUGGUGGCUUUUUGGGAUUAUUUAAUACAACAACCAGUGAUUCAUCUCAGAACCAAAUCGUUCUCGUUGAGUUCGACACGUUUGAAAAUCCUGAAUGGGAUCCAACUGGUAUUGGUAGUCAUGUUGGGAUUAACGAAAACUCAAUUUCUUCAGCAAAUUAUACCAGAUGGAAUGCUAGCUUUCAUAGUGAAGAUACGGCAGAUGUAGUCAUUAACUACAACGCUACUACUAAGAACUUAAGUGUCUCUUGGAGCUAUCAAAAGACCAAUAAUCCUCGAGAGAAUUCUAGUCUUUCAUAUCAAAUCGAUCUGAUGACGGUUUUACCAGAGUGGGUCAUGGUCGGAUUUUCUGCUGCUACAGGUCAGUACGUAGAGAGGCAUACACUCCAAAAUUGGGAAUUCGGUUCAAGUUUAACUGUGGCAGAGGAUACAAGCGGCAACAAAGCAAGAAAUGUUAGAAUAAUUCUGGGUAUUGUAGUUCCUGUGGGUGUUCUGAUAGCUGGGACAAUUAUAGCUUUUAUCAUUUGGUGGAGGAAGAAGCAUGCGAAAAGAACACCAGAAACAACAAACUUGACAUCAAUGAAUGAUGAUCUUGAAAGAGGAGCUGGACCAAGAAGGUUUUCUUAUACUGAUCUUGCCUCAGCUACCAAUAACUUCUCGGAGCAAAGAAAAUUGGGUGAGGGAGGCUUUGGUGCAGUUUAUAGGGGUUACCUGAAUGAUUUGGAUGUGGAGGUUGCUGUUAAAAGGAUUUCAAGUUGGUCCAAACAAGGGAGAAAAGAGUAUGUAACUGAAGUGAAGGUGAUUAGCCAAUUGAGACACAGGAAUCUGGUGCAACUAAUUGGUUGGUGCCAUGAUAAAAAUGAUUUCAUACUUGUCUAUGAAUUCAUGCCAAAUGGCAGCCUUGAUUCCCACCUCUUUGGUAGGAGAAGUGCACUGACAUGGUCUGUGAGGUACAGAAUAUCGCUUGGAUUGGCAUCUGCACUUCUCUAUCUUCAUGAAGAGUGGGAGCAGUGUGUGGUGCAUCGAGACAUUAAGUCAAGCAAUGUAAUGCUUGAUUCUAGUUUCAAUGUCAAGCUUGGUGACUUCGGAUUGGCUAAACUCAUGGACCAUGAGCUAGGUCCUAAAACAACUGGAUUGGCUGGAACUUUAGGCUACUUGGCUCCAGAGUACAUAAGCACAGGUAGGGCUAGUAAGGAGUCGGAUGUUUAUAGCUUUGGGGUAGUCCUUUUAGAAAUUGCAACUGGAAGGAAAUCUGUUGAUCCUGGAAGAAAAUCUGACAUGGGAUUGGUUGAGUGGAUUUGGGGUCUUUAUGGGACAGGAGAGCUAAUUUUGGCUAUUGACGACAAGUUGGGCAAGGAAUUUGAUGAGAAACAAGGGGAGUCUUUGAUGAUUGUUGGACUGUGGUGUGCUCACCCAGACUGUAAUUCAAGGCCAUCAAUCAGGCAAGCAAUUCAAGUUCUUUAUUUGGAGUCACCGUUGCCAAAUCUUCCAGUCAAGAUGCCUGUUCCUACAUAUCAAGUAUCUUUACCAUCAGUCUCCUCCUCCUCCGAGCCUUCAGUAACAUAUUCAAGCAUGAAUUUGGGGCGUUAAACAUGAUUUGCCUUCAUCUGGAUGUGCUUCUAGUUUCAUUUUCCUUUUCUUUUUAGUCUUGACAUUUAAUUUUGAUGUAUAAACACUUGUAUUGUUACUGAGAAGAAUUUAGUUCCAUCCAAGUGUAGCUUAACCCUUUUCGUUCUGUCAUAAAGAUAGAUUAACAUGUUUGUCUUGAA